UAGCAGGUGCUCGACCAGUGACUGUGGUGCCACUCUAAAAUUCUGUGCUAGAGGCUAUCGCUGAGGGUUGUAGGCAUCCAAAGGAGGGGCGCCUACACCCAGCUUGGACAGCAGGUGAGUCAAAGAGGAUGUGCUUGUAGGAGGCUGAGGUGGAGGCAUCCAGGCUGCUGAGAAGAGAAGAACAUCAGAGGCAGAGGAAGCAGGAAGAAUACCACAUGGCCAGGGGAGCAGGCAUGGUGUGCUCCAGGGAAGGAAGGGACUAGGCAUGGAUGGAGACAAGGGAGGCAGAUCUGUAAAGGGGCAAAGGAACCACAUCAGGGAGAGUCUUGAUGAAGAACUGAGAUUUUAUUCUGUAGGCACUGGAGAGCUCCUGCAGGAUUUCACACAGAGGAGACACUGGGUCAGAGUUUCAUUGUAAAAAUAGACCCCUCUGGCAGUAAAGUAGAUAUUGGAGAGGAAUAACAUAGGUGGCAGGAAGACCAGUUGGGACACCGUUGUACUUUAAAGAGUGGAACGAGCCUGGGGUUUGGAGGCAGAGAGACCUCCAUCUAUAUCACCUUUGUGUAACAGGCUAUUUAUUAAAUGUCUCUAAGCCUCUGUCUUCUCAUCUGAAAACAGGGACUCCCGAUUCCUCCCUCUUGAAUGGAUGGUGUUCAGUAUUAUGUAUGAUGAGAACUUGAGAAGCCAACUGAGGCCAACCAAGUUUCAGAACCUUUACUGCCUCACACCAGCGUCAGCAGGGAUGAACUGUUUUUGCCAGAUAAUCCUCUGUUCCUGACAGCACAUCUCUCCCCAGAAGAGAAGCGAGGGAGGUGCCACCUUGAUCCAGCUGAAGCAUUUCCAGGAAGCUUCUCUCUGGAUGCCACGUCGAGGCUGCCCUUCUGCCGUAGCACAGAGCUGGUGAUUGCCGAGUGUGUGGACAUGGCUUUGCUCAGCAACAUCCUGGCGGCCUAUUCCUUUGUCUCAGAAAACCCCGAGCGCGCAGCUCUGUACUUUGUCUCCGGCGUGUGCAUCGGGCUGGUGCUCACUCUGGCCGCCUUGGUGAUGAGGAUCUCUUGCCACACAGACUGCCGACAGCGUCCCCGGAAGAAGUUCCUGCAGGACCGAGACAGCAGCAGCGACAGCAGCGACAGCGACGACGGCAGUUCGGACACGGCGUCUGACAUCUCCGUCAGGAGACACCGCCGCUUCGAGAGGACUUUGAACAAGAACGUGUUCACCUCGGCCGAGGAGCUGGAGCGCGCCCAGCGACUGGAGGAGCGGGAACGCAUCAUCAGGGAGAUCUGGAUGAACGGCCAGCCUGAGGUGCCCGGGACCAGGAGCCUGAACCGCUACUACUAGGGGCGGGAACGGAUGCCCGCGUCUCAGGAAGCCGCCGGGGAGGGCCAGGGUCCGCCGGCAGGGUGGGCACAGGGCUGAACGCAGUUCUGCUUAAGCCCUGGGGGCAGAGAUAAGCAGGACACCCCCAUUUCCCAGACAGGAGGACUCAUCUUUCCUUUUCGAUUAAAUUCAUGGAGAAGUAGAAAACCCAAGUCAGUUCAUCAACCUUUCCAGGUCUUGGAACGGUGCUGAAAACCCUCUCCAACAAUGUGGGUGGAGAUUAGAGAAACGGGACUGUGGUUUCUCUUGAUUUCUGAGGAUCUCAGAAGUUUCUGCAGACUUCAUUGCUUUGUGUUAUUCCUUUACAAAAGGAAGAUUUUCAUGGCAUGAAGGCUAGGAAUAGCAGGGUGAACUUAACCCAGUAAAUGCAAUUUUCUAAAUGACCCCAUGCUAUGGAGGUGAUUCUCAUCCAGAUAGCAUGAUUUAUGCUUAUUAUUUAAGGCUGAUUUUUAAAAAUCUUGUGUUGCAAUGGCAACCUUGUCCAUUUUAACUGGCACCUCAGGGAUUAAAAUCCUAUUUUUUAGUAUAGUUCCCACCUCAUUCAUGAAGAUGGAUAGAAUUAAUGUAUUAUGGGAGAUGUGUCAGUGAACUAGAAAAUAUCAAUAACCUCAAAGGAUGAAGGGUUUUAUUUUAAAUAGUUUAUAAAAUAUAUAUUAACAUGCAUAUUUGAAGAUGCUGCAUAAGAAUAAAAGAUGUGUCUCCCCCUGCCUCCCGCCCCUUUGGAGGAAAGAAAUUUUGUUAUAAAUCUAGAUACUCAUGAUUUUAAACAUUUUGUUAAAAAAAAAAAAACAAGUUUGAAUUUCCCAGAAAAGAAUGGGAAUGGGAGAUGAGGAAUAAAGCCAAAAUUAGGAUGAGAUAAAAAAAAAUAAUAAAUACUACAUAAAAUCUUUUUUGUUUCAUGUCCAUCUCUGUGGUUAUAUUUACCUUAAAUGGCAGUCAUUUCAUAGGUGGCUAUGGUCUUUUGCCAGGCUCUUUUAAUAAUUGGGGAAUUAGGAGGAAUGGAGAAACUGAAGAAUAAAGAAAUGGCCUUUGUGUGACUAACUAGGGACUUUUUUUUUUAACAUUUUUUAAAGUUUAUUUAUUUAUUUUGAGAGAGAGAAAGCAUAUGCACAAGCAGGGGAGGGGCAGAGAAAGAGAGAGAGAGAGAUAUUCCCAAGCACCUCUGCACUGUGAGCUACAGGUCUGUUGGCUCCCUUCUCUUGACAUGCAGUGUGUUCCUUAGUCUGUCCCAGUGCUCCUGACCCUUCCUACUGAGAGUAUCUCCAUUGGCAUCCAUUGGUGUCAUCAGUAUGUCUGAAAGAAUGGUCCUGAGACUUCCUCUGCUGGGGUCUCUAUUGCUUUAGCAACCCACUGUCUAUGAUAAGGACUUGGUGGGCUGUCUUAAGAAGUGAAUGAUCACAAAGCUCUGUUUGCCCAGGGGACAAUAUAGUUAGCUUGAAACCUUGGUGGCUGGUCUGAUUAUACCAUUUUGGGUUGCCUCAUUGGCUAGUAACAACUGACAAAAAUCUUGUUAAAUCAAUGUCUUUGAGUCUGUGUUCCCACCCUUGUGCUUUCAGUACCUAGGCAAUAAUUGCCUGGGCUUUAGGUUAACCUCAUCCAUCUCCGUCUCUGUCUUUUAGAAAAGUGAAACAUUGAGGUGUCUUCAUCCCCAGGAUUCAUCCAAAGCUGAUAACAGGGAAAGAUAUGACCCUCAUUAGGCAGGGGCUAAGGGGGCAAUGAUAAAGGUGUUUGGGAAGGUUCUGGGUCAUCUGGUUUUCUUAGUCUAAUAUCCUGAUGCCUUUCUGGCAAGUCCAUACAAGUUCCCAUUUUGAGGGCGGUGGGGGCUUUGCCUAAGGCACAAAAUACUAGAUAACAGUUUAACCCACUGCUUCACUUUCAUAUACCCAGGAUUCCAGCUUUCAGUCAAAGAUAGGGAGACCUUACAUUCCUUAUCUUGACCCAAGAAGUUCUACAUUUAAGUCUGUCAUUCCUGGUUCCAGUUCCUGCAGGAGGCCACAUUCAUUUGCAAUAGAAUGAUACCCAACUUAAGAGCAUUUAUUGGUUCAUACAACUGGGAAAGGUGAGGUUGGAUCCGGCUUCAUGGAUGAUGGGGUCCAGCUGCUGAAAUGUGAUCAAACGUUUGUUCUUUCUCAGCUCUCUCCUCUGUUUCUAUUGCUGGUCUCAUUUUCUUCUCCUUCAGAAGAAACUGUGACAUAUGUAGACCAACGUAGUGUAUUGGAUUAAUUGCUACUGACCAAGCAUCCAUACAGCCACAAGUGGUGUGUGUGUGUGUGUGUGUGUGUGUGUGUGUGUGUGUGUGUGUAGGCAGUUUCACAGUUUACUAAGCUCAGGAGACAGCAUGGCAAGGAUGCUUCUGAUGCAGCUUCCCUGGUCUUCCAUGUUUCCUCAGAGAAACACCGGCUGACAGUUAAACAUCUGACAUAUUAGGAAGCAUAGUCACCCUAGGAAACUCCCACCAACUUCCUUUAAGAGUCUCUUCCUACACUGUGAGGAACAGGUAGUCACUAUCAACUCAUGGCACAUCUCAGCCCCCUCAGCUGAACCUUCGCUAAUGGCAGGGAGUACACUCCAGGCGCUUUUGGAUUUAACAUCAUCCCAAUAUAAGGACACGAGGAGAGAAACAUCUUGCUUCAAGGUUCAAGAUUAAAAUCACAGGGAAGGACUACUUGGCCUGGCUUGUGUAGUGUGCCAUUCUAGGAGUUUUACCAUUACAGGUACUAUAUUUAAGUCGUUAGGGAUGCCUGGGUGGCUCAGUCAAUUGAGUGUCUGACUCUUGAUUUUGGCCCAGGUUGUGAUUCCAGGUCGUGGGAUCAAGCCCCAUGUCAGUCUCCGCAUUGAGUGUGGAGCCUUCUUAGGAUUCUCUUUGUUUCUUUCUCUUUCUGCCCCUCUCUCUGGUUUUCACACACUCUCUCUCUCUUAAAAAAAAAAAAAAAAAAGUGAUUUUCUCAUGGUCGUGAGAUUGAGCUCCACAUCAGGGUCUGAGCUGAUCAUGGAGUCUGCUUAAGAUUCUCUCUCUCCCUCUGCCCUUCCCCCCCUUAUGUAAGCUCUCUCUCUCUCUCUCAAAAUAAAAAAAUAAAUAUAAUAAUUAAAAAACACACUUAAGUCUUUAAUCCAUUUUGAGUUAAUUUUUGUGAGUGGUAUAUAAUAGGGCCCAAUUUCAUUCUUUUGCAUGUAAAUAUCCAAUUUUCCCAGCAUAAUUUAUUGAAGAAGCUAUCUUUUUCCUAUUGAGUAUUCUUGGCUCCCUUGACAAAUAUUACUUAGCUAUCUAUGUGUGGGCUUAUUUCUAGACUCUUGAUUCUGUUCCAUUGGUCUAUGUGUCUGUUUUUGUGUCUGUAUCAUGCUAUCUAGAUUUGUAAUAUGAUUCAAAACCAGGAAGUGUGACACUUCCUGCUUGCAUUUCUUGCUCAAGCUUGAUUUAGCUAUUUGGGGUCUUUGGUGGUUCCAUAUGAAUUUUAGGAUUUUUUUUCCAUUUCUGUAAAAAGUGCCUCUGGAAUUUUAAUUGGAUGCAUUGAAUCUAUACAUGGCUUUGGGUAGUAUAGACAUUUUAAUAAUAUUAAUUUUUCCAAUCCACGAACAUGGGAUAUCAUUCCAUUUAUUUGUGUCUUCUUUAAUCUCUUUCAUUAAACUCUUACAGUUUUCCAGGUACAAAUCUCUCACCUACUUAGUUAAAUUUAUUCCGAAGUUUUUAAUGUGUUUGAUGCUAUUGUAAAUGGCAUUAUUUCCUUUAUUUCUUUUUCAGAUGGUUCAUUGUUAGUGUAGAGAAACACAACUGGGAUUUUUGUACUUUGAUAUUAUAUCUUGCAACUUUACUGAAUUUGUUUAUUAGUUCUAAGAGUUUUUUGGUGAAGUCUUCUAGGUUUUCAAUAUGUGACCUGCAAACAGAAACAAUUAUACCUCUUCUGUUCUUA